GUUACAACUUCGCAGCCAGUACAGCCUCAGCCUCCAGCGUGGACACAGAGGAGGGGAACAGAAGAUCGUUCUAGUGAGGUACCAAGUCAACAUGUAUGAGGACUGCAAGGAGUCCACUGGGGACUAUUACUUCCUCUGUGACACUGAGGGGGCAUGGGGCAUUGUUCUGGAGUCCCUGGCAGCAGUUGGCAUAGUGGUUACAGUUAUGCUGCUCCUGGCGUUUCUCUUCCUCAUGAGAAGGGUCCACGACUGCGCCCACUGGAGUGUCCUCCCCACCCAGUUCCUCUUCCUCCUGGGUGUGCUGGGGCUCUUUGGCCUUGCUUUUGCCUUCAUCAUCCAGCUGAAUGAGCAGACUGCCCCCAUCCGCUACUUUCUCUUUGGGGUCCUCUUUGCUCUCUGCUUCUCGUGCCUCUUGGCUCACGCCUCCAACCUGGUGAAGCUGGUCCGGGGUCGAGUCUCCUUCUCUUGGACGACAAUUCUGUGCAUUGCUAUUGGGGUCAGCCUGUUGCAGACCAUCAUUGCCAUUGAGUACGUGACUCUCAUCAUGACCAGGGGUGGCAUGUUUGUGCACAUGACACCCUAUCAGCUCAACGUGGACUUCGUGGUCCUCCUGGUCUACGUCCUCUUCCUGAUGGCCCUCACGUUCUUUGUCUCCAAGACCACCUUCUGUGGCCCUUGUGAGAACUGGAAGCAGCACGGCAGGCUCAUCUUUGCCACUGUGCUCGUCUCCAUCAUCAUCUGGGUGGUGUGGAUCUCCAUGCUCAUGAGGGGCAACACACAGCUCCAGCGGCAGCCCCAGUGGGACGACCCCGUCAUCUGCAUCGCCCUGGUCACCAACGCCUGGGUCUUCCUGCUGCUGUACAUUGUCCCGGAGCUGUGCAUUCUCUACCGAUCAUGUCAGCAGGGUUGCCCCCUGCCAGGCAAUGCCUGCCCACUCCCGACUUACGAACGCAGCUUCAGAGCAGAGAACCAGGAGCUCUCAAGAGAUUGUUGAUGCCACACAGAAAUAUCUCAUUCCACGGGCUAAAGGAAGCCCCCAGCAAGAUGCAGAAUUAUAAAGUCCACAGAAAACAUGAGUCCUGAAAACCCAGAAGAUCAUCCUAAUGUUGUCCCGAUGGGCAAGUGGAAAGCCUGUCUGCCAACAAAGCAUCCUUCCUUCCCUGCCUCCUGGUCCUCUCCAUCCAUCUGGGGCCCUGCAUCAGGACAUUGCCCUUCAAGCACAAUUACAAUCUUUCUGGCCACCCU